CGAGCUCAUACACCUGACUCCUAAGAUAUUCCGAACCAGCCAUCCUAUAUCGGGCAAACGCCCCAACAAUUUCGUUUGCAAGUUACCAGAAUGUCGAGUGAAUCCUUGCUUCCAUGGAGGCACAUGUAAAGAAGAAGCCAGUGGCUAUCGGUGUGUCUGCCCUGAGUUUACCAAUGGGACGCAUUGUGAGCAGAAUGCUACCAUGACACCGUGCGCUUCUAAUCCUUGUCUUCACGGAGGCUCCUGUGUGGAAGAAAUUCAUGGAUAUUCUUGCCGCUGUCCUGGUUGGACCACCGGUUCAAACUGCGAAAGCAGUUUUUCAGAGUGCAACGAUCUCCUCACGGCAGGCUACACACAAAGUGGGGUGUAUGACAUCUGUGUUUCGGCUUCAGACGGCUCUCCGUGCACUCGGGUCUCAGUGUACUGCGAUAUGGAUAGCUACGGGUGGACGUUGAUUCAGAGGCGUUUCGACGGAAGUGUUAACUUUAACCGGACAUGGGCUGACUACAAGACGGGGUUCGGCAAUGUGUCUGCAGAGUUCUGGUUAGGUAAUGACGUCAUUCAUCACAUGACCAGGAGCGGUACCUCUAUACUUCGCGUCGUCCUUGAAUUAGAUGGGACUGAUCAUCAUGCAGUCUACAAGCGAUUCAGCGUGGCGGAUGAAGACUCUGGAUAUCAGCUAAGCUUUGUAAGGUACAGUGGUUCGGCAGGAGAUGCUAUGAGGCCACUUGAUGGGCUUCGAUUUAGUACUUGGGAUCGGGACCAGGACCUUUCAAACAGGACCAACUGCGCAUUGAAAUAUGGAGGCUUCUGGUACGCCGAAUGUGACAACGUGAGACUUAACGUACAGCCAUCUAAUCGAGGACUUGCUGAGUGGACGGUAGAGGGCAACCUAACAGCAUUUACGAGUGUGCACAUGAAAAUACGUACCGGCUAAAGGUUGCACGGGCCUAAUUACAACUGACAGGCAAAAGACAUUCUUUUCGAGCCAACCCAUUCUCAUUUUUUUCAACUU